AUGGCUGUUAGAUGUUCUGCUUGUGGUCAGUGGAUCAAGACGACCGGUGGAGCCCAUAAUUGCCCUGGCAGUAGCAAGGCUAAAGAAGAGGAGCAUGUUAUUCUCAACAUCAAUAGCAAGGACAACGAGCAUCAUCGCGAGGGUGACAGCAACUACCAAUACGAUGUUCUUCUGCUCCAUUAUGUUGCAUCCAUCUCAGCCACUUAG